ACUUGUACUGUAAUGCGCUCACGAGUCUUGUGGUCUAAUUAGGAGUUUGCACUAACCUCGUCUUUCACUCAGGAGGUGUUUGAUCUCGUGUUUCUGUGUCUAAUGCUAGCUGAGCUUUGAGCAGUGUGUGCUUUCUAAAAACCCGCCUGAAUGUACCUCACAUGGUUCAAAAAAAACACAUGAAUGGCUUUGUUGACAGUAUUUCUACUGCUUGGAUUUCCUGGACAGAUACUUCGUGGCUUUGUAUUAUUCUCAACAUUGAACUAACGUUAUUGCAGACUACCCUGCCCAGUUCCUUGCGGGAUCCAAGUCAUAUCGUCUUGCCCAUUGCACGGAAAAAAGUUACAACUCUGUCAUGUCAAAUGAAUGUUGUCGUUCGGGUACGUCCAGACCAGGAGGUACUUUAUUAUUAUUAUUAUUAUUUUGACUGGGAUAAGAUCUUGUGAAAAUUGAAUUUUUAGAUUUUUGAUUAUGAUACAUAACAGAAUCGAUAUGAGAAUACACUAUAAUGUGAGUAACACACAGUCGAACCUUGUGUGCAGUGCUUUACCACUGCGCCUAAUGUGUGACUGUGGGUGCUAAUCAACCCGUUUGUGGUGGUAGAAUAGGCCUCUUGAGCAUCAGAGUGGACUUGAGAAAAUAAAAAGAAAUUGAAGACUAGAGUAGUUUGAUUACACUUCACGCUUGUGGCACUGCUGGGUUGCAGUGCUUGUAUGAAACAGCCGCUAGGGUCUGCCAUGCCACGGACAUGUCCUCCGGUUUACGGAGUGGAUGAGGCGGUCUCUAGCCUCAGUCUGGACUGGCCGUAGGCUACUGGCUGGUGCCAUAUCAACCAAGCAGGGACCGGGAGGGUUUUAAGUGCUGCGGGGGCCCAUCCUCGCUGUACCGCGACAUGUUACAUCCCCCAUGCGUUUACCAGCCCACACAGAUCCCAGAAAACACAGCAGUCCUUGUUACAGAGGCACAGAGAGAUGACAGCGAGGAGAGACGUUUCCCAGCCGCUGAACAGCUCUCGCCUCCAGGAGAGGAAGGGAGAGGCGGAGAGGACGAAGGCUAACCCCGAAUGGUUUUAUCCUUCCUCCCGACAGGAGCCGGAGAAAGGGCCGGCGUCCGCGGCGGGCGUCCAUGCCCAUGUGGUGGGGGCUGUCGCCGGCUCCGGUGCUGUGGACGAGUCCUCUGACAGCGAAGCAGAGCAGGAAGGCCCUCAGAAACUGAUCCGGAAAGUGUCCACCUCAGGACAGAUCAGGAGCAAGACAAGUAUAAAGGAGGGAUUGUUGCUGAAACAGACCAGCUCGUUCCAGAGGUGGAAAAAGCGCUACUUCAAACUGAGAGGCCGAACUCUCUAUUACGCCAAAGAUGCCAAGUCUGGCAAUGCCCUGGCACGAUGGCAAGAGCGGGCGCUGCGCAGAGUGUCCAGGAGUCGCGUGUGCUGGCGAGUACUGUCCGUGUGCUGGACGGGCGCACGGCGCUCCCCCCCACCUCUGGGUGCCAGCGGAUCUGAGGAAGGCCUAGUGAGAAUUCGGUCCCUUAUCUUUGACGAGGUGGACCUAUCUGAUGCCAGCGUUGCAGAGUCAAGCACAAAGAAUGUCAACAACAGCUUCACAGUGAUCACUCCAUUCCGUAGGCUCAUCCUGUGUGCUGAGAACAGGAAAGAGAUGGAGGACUGGAUCAGUUCGCUCAAGUCCGUCCAGUCUAGAGAACAUUACGAGACAGCACAGUUUAAUGUGGAACAUUUCUCAGGGAUGCACAACUGGUACGCCUGCUCCCAUGCACGGCCCACCUUUUGCAACGUCUGUAAAGAUAGCUUGUCUGGGGUCACGUCUCAUGGCCUCUCCUGCGAAGUGUGCAAAUUCAAAGCCCAUAAACGCUGUGCUGUCAGAGCCACCAACAACUGUAAAUGGACAACCCUGGCUUCCAUAGGGAAGGAUAUUAUUGAGGAUGAGGAUGGGAUUGCUAUGCCUCACCAAUGGUUGGAAGGCAACCUGCCUGUCAGUGCCAAGUGUGCUGUGUGUGAUAAGACAUGUGGCAGUGUACUGAGAUUGCAGGACUGGCGCUGCCUGUGGUGCAAAGCUAUGGUACACACAGCCUGUAUGGACCUGUACCCACGAAAGUGUCCUCUAGGUCAGUGCAAAGUAUCCAUCAUUCCCCCUACGGCGCUCAACAGCAUUGACUCAGAUGGCUUCUGGAAGGCCACCUGUCCCCCAUCAUGUGCCAGUCCCCUCCUUGUCUUUGUCAACUCCAAAAGUGGUGAUAACCAGGGAGUGAAAUUCCUACGACGCUUCAAGCAGCUACUCAACCCUGCUCAAGUCUUUGACCUGGUCAACGGUGGGCCACACCUCGGUCUGCGCCUUUUUCAGAAGUUUGACAACUUCCGGAUCCUGGUGUGUGGAGGCGAUGGGAGUGUCGGUUGGGUGCUCUCAGAGAUUGACAAACUCAGUCUUCACAAACAGUGCCAGCUGGGGGUGUUGCCCUUGGGCACCGGUAAUGAUCUGGCACGCGUGCUUGGCUGGGGUCCAUCAUGUGACGACGAUACCCAGCUGCCCCAGAUCCUGGAGAAGUUGGAAAGAGCCAGCACCAAGAUGCUGGACCGCUGGAGCAUCAUGACCUAUGAGAUUAAGAUUCCACCCAAACACAGCUGCCCCACCACGCCUGAGGGAGCUGACGACUGCCAGUUUCACAUUUCAACCUAUGAAGACUCAGUAGCUGCUCACCUCACAAAGAUUCUUAACUCUGAGCAGCACUCUGUGGUCAUCUCCUCUGCCAAGAUCCUGUGUGAAACGGUGAAGGAUUUUGUUGCCAAAGUGGGGAAAGCCUAUGAAAAAAGUACAGAGAAUGUUGAGGAGUGCGACACUAUGUCUCUCAAAUGUGCCAUCCUGAAUGAGAAAUUGGACUCUCUCCUGCAAACGCUCCAUACAGAGUGCCAGGCUCUACCGCCACUUCCUCACUCCACUCCUCCUAUUGUAGAGGAGGAACAGGAGCAGGAGGAGGAGGAAGAAGAAGAGGAAGAGGCCAGUGAGGAGAGCCUCACAGAGCUGAAGGAAAAGCUGGAAGAGGAGGAGACGGAGAAAGGACACCAGCUGUUUAAAAGCAGGGAACAGCUGAUGCUCAGGGCCAACAGUCUGAAGAAAGCUGUGCGACAGAUCAUAGAACAGGCUGAAAGAGUGGUUGAUGAACAGAACGCCCAUACAGAGGAGACUGAGCUACCGUCUCCCCUGGAGUUCAGAAAGGACAGUGAGGAGGAGAACAGAGAUAGUGAGAAGGAUGAGGAUACCAAGGAACUGGAAGCAGUGUCAUCUGCUAAGAGUCCCUGCUCUCCAACGGAAAGGAGAGUGAGCCGCAGCACCCAGUCCUAUGGCUCCUUCACCAUCACACCCUUCACCACCAGCAAGGAGAACCUCCCUGUACUCAACACACGCAUCAUCUGCCCUGGCUUACGGGCAGGUCUAGCUGCCUCUAUCGCUGGCAGCUCCAUCAUUAGCAAGAUGCUGCUGGCUAACAUCGACCCCUUUGGUGCCACACCCUUCAUCGACCCCGACCUCGACUCACUAGAGGGCUAUAUGGAGAAGUGCGUGAUGAACAACUACUUUGGCAUCGGGCUGGAUGCUAAGAUCUCCUUGGAGUUCAACAACAAGCGAGAGGAGCAUCCAGAGAAAUGCAGGAGUCGUACCAAGAACAUGAUGUGGUAUGGUGUUUUGGGCACAAAGGAGCUUCUGCAGAGAACCUACAAGAACCUUGAGCAGAAGGUCCAGCUAGAGUGUGAUGGCCAAUACAUUCCCCUGCCCAGCCUUCAAGGGAUUGCAGUGUUAAACAUUCCUAGCUACGCAGGCGGGACCAAUUUCUGGGGUGGCACCAAGGAGGAUGAUAUCUUCUGUGCCCCAUCAUUCGAUGAUAAGAUCCUGGAAGUUGUGGCUGUGUUUGGGAGCAUGCAGAUGGCUGUGUCCAGAGUCAUUAAACUGCAACACCACCGCAUAGCACAGUGUCGAACAGUGAAGAUUACUAUCCUGGGUGAUGAGGGGGUUCCAGUUCAGGUGGAUGGCGAGGCCUGGAUCCAACCACCUGGAGUCAUCAAGAUCCAGCACAAGAACAGAGCUCAGAUGCUCACCAGAGACCGGGCGUUUGAGAACACGCUGAAGUCAUGGGAGGAUAAACUGAAGUAUGAUAAGCCUCCUUUGCGGCCUCACCUCUACCCACAGCAGUCUGUUGAUCUGGCCACAGAGGAGGAGGCUGCCCUGGUGCAGAUGUGUGCGCGAGCUGCUGAGGAACUCAUUACGAGGAUAUGUGAGGCUGCAAAGACCAAUGGGCUAUUAGAGCAGGAGCUGGCUCAUGCUGUUAAUGCUGCAUCUCACGCCAUCAACAAAACACAUCCCAAGUUCCCAGAGAGUCUGACCAGAAACACAGCUAUAGAGGUGGCCAGCACUGUGAAGGCUCUGUACAAUGAGACAGAGUCUCUUCUGCUCGGCCGAGUCUCUCUGCAACUGGACCCACCAGAGGAGGAGCAGCUGUCCAGUGCUCUGCAGAGUGUGGAGGUGGAACUGGGCAAACUGGGAGAGAUUCCCUGGCUCUACCACAUACUGCAGCCCAAUGAUGAGGAGGACCACUCUCUGGGUUACGGCAAGAGGAACAGUCGCAGCAUGUUUCGCAUAGUGCCCAAGUUCAAGAAGGAGAAGGCCACCAAGAAGACAAGCCCUCAGUCAGUGGAGAGAUGGGGCACAGAGGAAGUGGGCACCUGGCUGGAGCAGCUGAGUCUGGGGGAGUACAGAGACACCUUCAUCCGACACGACAUUCGAGGCUCAGAGCUGCUGCACCUGGAGAGGAGGGACCUGAAGGAUCUGGGGAUAUCGAAAGUGGGUCAUAUGAAGAGAAUUCUCCAGGGAACUAAGGACCUGGCCAAGGCUUCCAUGGUUGACCUCUAACUCAGAAGCAGAGACACUACCCUAAAGGGGAAACAAACGUUCCCCUUACAUCAGUUUGGGAACAGUUUGGGAGCACUGUAGGCAGUGAAGGAGAGACUAGGUAUUGAAGGAGAGGCUGGUUUUAUUCCUCUGCUUUGAAAGCCUUGGUGAUGUUGUUAACAACAAAGAUUUGUGUGUUUGUUUGUGCUUUGGUGCCAAAAUGACAGUCAAGAAAGCUGAAUGAAGUGCAAAAGGAAGUCAUGGAUCUUCACAACAAAAGCCAUUUCUAAGUUAAUAUCCAUUCAUAGCACACAAUCAGGUAUGCAUCUAACCAUACUGUUGACAGUUGACUUGUCUGAGUUAACAAAGUAGUAGCAAAACCAGGACUUCCAUGAGUAUGUGGGGUUUAUUUUGGUAGUGUGUAAAAAUGUGAUGUUUACUGGAUCUCUGCCUCACAUUGCAGUGCUGCAGAUGCAUUAAUGCAUCCCUUGGGUUUCAGUAGCACUGCUGUUCAGUGGAGUCAGAGGAGAUAAACUUGCAACAUCACAGUCUAGAUGAUAGUCUGGAAGGUGCAGUGUCUGAAGGUGGGAUAGUGCCGUUUCAGUGGGAUACUGUCGCAUGCUAUGCUUGCUCAACUUUUAGAUAUGUUUAAUUGCAUGAUUAGUGUCUUGAUUUUUUGUGUGCAAAAUAACACUUGAACAAGUUUUACAUGACUUAAGUAUUAUGAUGCCAUUUGUUACUACUGAACGCAUCCUUUUUGGUCUAAAUCAAUCUUUUUUUUUCUAGCUUUAAUUUACUUUGUUUGCAUGAUAAUGGUGUGUCAAGAUUUAUGUCAAGUGCCAUAUUUUCAGUUAUUUAAAAAUGUAAAGUGUGCUUUAUCAGUAGACAUCCUAAGACGUUUUUAAAAAGCUGAGGUAUGAAUAGAUGGACUUAAUAUCUGUAGGCUGAAACAUUCUCUGUGGAUGUGAAAAUCAGUACCAAAGUGAAUGUCAAAAAAAAUACGAUCAUCUGAUGAUUGCACCUCUUAAUUUCAUAGGCCAGGAGGUCUUAGGUCUUCAAGGUGGGGGGAAAGCAUUUGUUCUUUGCCAGGAAGAUAGUGCAACUGUUUGUCUGAAACCAACCUCAUACAAUAUACUGUAGGGUUGUGGAGUUUUUUAAGGAAUACUUAAAAGGCACUUUUUACUUCUUGCUAUAUGCAAGUACAAAUUCUCAUAUCAUUACAUAGAAUUAACGGUUCACCUCAACAUUUUAAACUUUUGGCAAUUUAUCACAAUAUUUAAUACUAAUGAAAAUAGGAGUUUGAUAUCAGUUUUGAAUAGAGCAGUUGAUCUGCAGUCAGCAUAGCAUUGUUUAAGUGCAGCUUUUUUUUUUUUCUUGAGAUUACAAGUGAGAUGUUGCUAGGACACUACUUUGUUUCUUUUAAGACUGGUGGCAUUACAGGGUAUAUUUCUAUACGUGAUGCUAAGUUUGGGUGUGUGUGUGUGUGUGUGUGUGUGUGCACGUGUGUGUGUGUAUACGUGCACUAUAUAUACAGUAUACUAGUGUAUGCAAACAAUGUUUCUAAGUGUUGUAGUCUAAUGCAUUCAUAGAUUGCUGACUUGGCAUGCACUGUCAACACCUUACACAUUCAAUUGUGUAUAUUACAUCAUAAUAAUUGUGUAUUGUUGAUUGUGUUCUAAUCUUUUGUACAUGAUAAUGCUGUUUUAUUCUAAUGAUGGUGCAAUAUUUUAUCUCUUGUUUUGAUACUGUCUCUGCAGCUUUCUGACAUGAUGUUUCUCAGUGGGGGAAAAUCUUGAAAGAGUUUGGUUUUUUCUUUUUUUUUUUUUUCUUUUUUUUUUUGUACAUGUGUUCCUCCUCGAGGUUUUGGGGAUUACAAUUUAAAAACUAGGUCUGUAGGGGGACUGCUUUUUCUUACAGAUUCCAAAUUUCUUCCAGCAGCUCACUAGUUUGUAGUUUUGCUCCUCUGUGCUUCCAAGAUGAUAAAUUAAAGUAGGACUGUGUCAGUGAAUGAAUAAAACGGGCAGAUAUGACUGUUGUGAUUAAUUUGUAAUAUGUAUGACAAUGUGCGUUUGGGUGUGUCUGCUACAACAGUGGCAUAUUGUACCUUAUCAGCAAUUGUAUAUCAUUGCCAACUAUUUUUUCAUCUUGUAAUUUUAAUUAUGCUAAUUUAGUUUCCCCGCUGUGAAGAAUAAUUUGUUAUUUGUAUAUUGGUUUUAAUCCUUCCUCUCAAAGUAAUAUGUCUUUUGUUAAGAAUUAGUUUAAAAAGCUACUUUAUUUUACUGAAUAUCCAUCCAUCCAUCCCUUUUCUGGCAAAAGAGGGGGAGGGUACACCCUGGACUGGUCCGCCAGUCAAUCGUAGGACAGACUGUUUUACUGAAUAUUAAAUGCUAAAAUUUAACAAGGCUCACAGAUUUUCACCAUUCAUCAAAGUAUUCUAAAUAAUAAUAGAAUGUGAGUGUAUCAGACGCUGAAUUGACUACAGUCAUGUACAGUAUUGUUUCUAAUAUUCCAACAGAGGGCGAUCUAUCACAUCUCAUGUCUCUGUAGUCCCUGACUCACACAGUACAAUUUCACUCUUAUUUAUGUCGACAAUCAGUCGUGUCAGUCUUCUGUGUGCAGUGUAGUGUAGUGUUGCUAAGUGGUAUGCAGAAAUCAGUAAGCCUAUAAAUCAAAUUCAAAUCCAAGUUUUUUCAUGUACAAGCCCAAUGCCAAAACAGGUUUAAACACUAUUUGAAAAGUAAAUAAAACAGAAUACAAUAAUUUACAAACAAGCCCAUGUAGUAAUAUCCUAUAUAAUUAUGUGCUUGUGAAUGACUGAGUCUUUUGAGGAUGCCUGUUUCAUACCCAGUCACCUGCUACCAGUGAACCAGUACACAACUUUUCCAGUCUUUUGCUGUCCCUGUUGACGUGUAUCAAGUUCAAGCUAAGAUCAGUGAAGCUCAUGAGUUAAAACAUUAAAUAUAUUAUGUUUGUAUUGUUUUCAAUUGAGUACAUGUCAAAAGGAUUCUCAAAUUAUUGCUUUCUGUUUUACAUUAUACAUAGUGUCUCAACUUUUUUGGAAUUGGGUUUGCACAUGCUAUUGUUGAUCUUGCAAGUCAUAGCCAAAGAUAGGCGUUAGUUAGUAUAAACCAUAAAUGUAUAAAUGGUUCUUUCCCACUGUAUUUUACUUCUGCCUAACUGAAGAUCUUUAAUCUUGUGGACACAACUCUGCCUUUUAUUUGUUUAAUAGCUCAGAUUCAUUGUUAACUAUUUGAUGACAGUCUGGAUAUAGGGUUUACUAUGUCUCAAGUGUUUUGGCCCCAGAUUCCAGGUGAGAGAAUUCUUGACUUUUCCAUACAAAGUGGAAGUAGCCACCCUUCUCCCUUGCUGUGUUUUCCAGUGGUCUGUAAAUAAUGCUGCAAACUGCCUGGUUUUCAGAAACCAACAAAACCCAUGCAAGGAUCUCAGAAUCACAGCAUAACAUAUAGUCUUUGACUUGGUUCCUAAAGUGAUGGGACAAAAGUGAGUUUCAUUUGUUUACAUUAUGUUUACAAUGGCACAGUUUUAAUUUUUAAGAAUAUAUAUCUAGGUAUAAACAAUAGUUGCAUAUUUAUUGCCUAAGGUUAAAUGAUAUGAUGUGUAUUGUGUUUUCACACUUGGAAUAUAAUGUUACAGUUGUCACCUGUAUUAUUACUAUCUGGAUGAUUUUGGUAAAGUAGUUGAUAAUUUUUAUGACUACUAAGUGACUGUUUUCUGUGCCUUUUUAUGGCUAAAAUGCAUGGUUAGCUAUUUAUUACAAUUUGGAGUCACUGAGAUGUGUAUUUUUGUAUUCUGAAUAAAUAAAUGGUUCAGCUUUUGUUGUACAUUUUUAGGGUGCCUUAAAAUAGGCUACCUGUUCAUAUCUCUCUUCUUCAAUAAAACCAAAUACAUA